UAUGAUUAUUUCUGUCCCUAAGCAUCCUUUAAGUUUCCACUUGGGGACAGAAUCAGAAGGGAAAGCCUUUUAAGGAUUUCUGCCCGCUGGGGAAAGCGAAUCCCCCCCAAGCCAAGAGAGCUUGCGAGGGGGAUUUGAGUGCAGGCAAGUGCUCAAAGCCGAAAGGGCAGAGAGAGGGGAGGGGGAGCCCAGGGCACGCUCUGAAACCAGAGCCCCCGGCCGAAGCGCGGCUCCUUCCCCCGGGCAGGUCGUUCUCUGCCUCCUGGCCGCGCUCGGCUUUGGCAGAGCACGGAUGGUGACCGAGCGAGGCAGCUCGGCGCGGCGGCAGCUCAGCGGUGGCCCUGCCGCCAUGGGGACCGUAGAGCUGAAGGACGGUGCCGACGCCGUGGCGAUCAACCUGCUGCUCAUCGUCCGCCCCGAGCGGAAAGGGCAGAGGGACGGACUGACGGACGGCGCAGGUCUGAAGGAUGAUGGAAAUGGAAACAGCAGACCGCAGCCACCUCCAAAGAGAGACUUCAGCGGCCAACAAGCCCCCAAGGAGCUCCACAAGCAGAAGCAAACUGUUACUUCCUACACUAAUGAAGGAACCCACGUGACAGUGGAGAUCCAUCCCAAGGGCACCUCCCCGCAGUUCUUCAAGAAGCUCUCCUUUGGGAAAGGUCCCCGGAGAUUGCCCAGCCUGAGAGGCCAGGACAACAAAGCUUUUGAAAGGACCGAAGCCCCAAGGCCACCCAGUGCAAAAGACCUGCAUGUGUAUCCAUGGGACAAAUCCUCUCUGAAAUCCCUGGCAGUGGAUCUACAGAAAUUUGAGAAGCUGGAUGCCUAUGCAUUAAAAGUGAACACCAAGAGCAGCGUAGAGGAGCUCGUCCAAACCCUGCUUAAACAAGCCCGGACCGACCUGGAGAAAGUCCGUGUCAUCUGGAUGUGGAUAUGCCACCAUAUAGAGUACGACGUAGUGGGCUUCCAUAACAAAAGCCUGCGGCUGUGCGAACCCACGGACGUGCUGCGGACCGGGAAGAGCGUCUGUGAGGGAUACGCUGGGCUCUUCCAGCAAAUGUGCAGUUUUGCAGGGAUCCAGUGCAUGAAGCUGUCGGGGUACUCCAAGGGCUACGGGUACAAGAUUGGGCAGACCUUCCAGGGGAACUCUGACCAUGCCUGGAACGCCGUCUACCUCGAUGGGAGGUGGCACCUCCUGGACAGCACCUGGGGAAGCGGCACUGUGGACGAUACCUCAACCAAGUUCACCUACAGAUACAACGAGUUUUACUUUCUGACUCACCCGGCUCUCUUCGUGAACAAUCACUUCCCAGAUAACAGCAACUGGCAGCUCCUCAAACCAACGCUGACACUGAAGCAGUUUGAGAGCAACCUGCAGCACAACAGCGACUUCUACAAGCUGGGGCUUCUGGAUGCACACCCACAGACAGCCCUCAUCCAGACAGAAAAUGGAACAGCCACCAUAUCAGUGGAGUGCCGCCCUUCCACACUAUUCACCUUUAAGCUGGAGGGAACAGACGAACAAGGCUUGCUGACCUUGCGGAAGCAGGGCAUGAAGCUGGAGAUCUACCCCCAGAAGACGGGACGCCAAGAGCUGCAGAUCUUUGCCAGACCCUCCAAAUCCACAGAAGACGUCUACACCUGCGUGCUGGAGUACAUUGUGGAGUGCAAGUCCGUGGACAAGAGCAGACGCUUCCCAAAGGACCUGCACCAGCCUGUGGGGCCCAGCUGGUUCACAGAGAAACAGGGCUUCCUGCGGCCCUCGCACCCCGACCCCAUCAUUCACACCAACGACGGGCGCUGCUCCCUCACCUUCACCAUGGGGAAGGACAUCAGCAUCCUGACCUCGCUGCACACCGACAGCAGCAGCCUGAGCGAGGAGAUGAGCAGGCAGCACAUCAUGCAAAUCCACCGCGGCAACCAAGUGGAGUUUAAGGUGCACCUGCCCCACGCGGGGAGCUUCGUUCUGAAGUUCUUCACCAAGAAGAAGUCAGAUCCCGGCAGUUACACCUUCGUCUUCAACUACCUCAUCACCUGCCUGAACACCGAGGUGAAGUGGCCCGCCUUCCCACUGAGGUACAGCAGGUGGGCAGAGGGCUACGAACUGCUGGAGCCGCUCUCCAGGCUGCUGCCGGCCAACCGCAACGUGCAGUUCAAGCUCAAAAUGCAGGGCAUAUCCAAGGUGCUGGUGCAGGCGGGGGACACCUACACACUGACCCUGAGCAGAGACGGCUUCUGGGAGGGAACCUGCAACACCGCGGGGUGCACGGAGCUCUUUGUCAUGGUGCACGAGAACGCCAACCACGGCUACUACUCACAUAUCCUCAAGUACGACGUUGAGACGCAGUAACGCCUCCUCUUCGUUCCCCGACUCUCCUGCACCACCCAACACACCCCAAAACCAGUACAGCUUUAGGAGAUCGUUUGUUCUCCCAAGCAAAGUUGUUCCUUUGGCGUCUUCCUGCAAGACCAAGGCCUCAGAGGAGUACAGAGACAGAAAAUCCCAUUACAAAGGGAUCAACCCCCCACCCAAGUUGCAGUAGCACUGCCCAGGCAACGCUUUGGAGAAACCAGUGGCCAUCUGGCCUUGGGCCUUCAGCAGCAAUGGUUGCUUUCUAAACUAUGGACCAUAAGAGAAGUCUUAUUACGACUACUUAGAGUAGCACCCUCUGGUUCUGAGCAGCACUAUCGGACACGGGGAAUUUCAGGUGAUUUAAGCCAGGUUUCUUUAGACAUCCCAGGAGAGAGAAGUGUUGGGAAGGAGAUAUAAAGCGACGUUUUCUUGUGCACUUCAUUGUCUUACGCAUUUUAGGGAUACUGCGAAAUGACUUCUUACACCGAAUCUUAAAUUCAAUAAACAAAAUAAUUUUUACCUUUUUAUAUUAGAGCAUUUGAACUGUAAGCACUUUUUUUUUUCCCUGUAAUAUUAGCACUGUAAUCGUAUCUCAAGCAUAGAGGUGUUCGCGCAAUUAAAAAUACAGCAAGAUGGAGAAUAAAGCUCUUGAUAAUCUUUCCUUCCUCCAAUUCGUCUGUGCAGAACUGGAACUGCUGAGCUCACGGGGCUGUGUGAGGCUGAGUGAUGGUAUGACCACAUACAGCACAUCCCAUAACCUCCCCCUGGAGAACCAUAGUGCAUACAGCUGUCUGAUAUGGAGCUCACCAACACACCCUGUAAGGUCAACGUCUUCAUACACCUCUGAUGUUAGUGUGACCUAAUGGACAUUGUGUUUGCUCUUGGAUUUACAAUAAAUUUGUUCUGGUUUUGCA